CAACACUCAAACUCCUUUCGUGAAGUUGAUUCGACAGUCAUCAUGUCUUUCUAUAGAGCUCCACCAAGCGGCGUCUGGGCACCGGCAAUCACCUUUUUCGACCAUGAGACAGAUACACUAGAUACCGAUUCACAAGCAGCAUAUUACUCUUACCUUUCUAAAACCGGUCUUGCAGGCCUUGUCGUGCUCGGAACAAAUGCCGAGACUUUCCUGUUAACGCGCGAAGAGCGCAAGGCUCUGCUGCAGACAGCACGUCAAGCAUGCGGGCCAUCAUUCCCUAUCAUGGCUGGAGUUGGUGGACACUCAACAAAGCAAGUCUUGGAGUUCAUCAACGACGCAGCUGAUGCUGGAGCCGACUACGUUUUGCUCCUCCCUCCUGCUUACUUUGGGAAGCAGACAACACCAGAGGUCAUCGACAACUUCUUUGAUGACGUUGCGAAGAACAGUCAACUACCCAUCGUCAUUUACAACUUCCCCGUUGUCUGUAAUGGCAUCGACCUGGACUCGGCCACUAUUGCCGCUUUAGCAAAGAGGCAUAGCAACAUUGUUGGCGUCAAGCUGACCUGCGGAGCCGUCGCAAAGAUAACGCGACUUUCCGCAGAGCUUCCUGAAGAACGUUUUGCGAUCUACGGUGGCCAAUCGGACUUCUUGAUAGGAGGCCUGGCUGCUGGCUCUCACGGCACAAUUGCAGGUUUUGCCAAUGUUGUCCCCAAGACAAUCGUGCAUAUCUAUAACCUCUACCAAGAGGGCAAGUUUCAAGAAGCCAUGGUUCUACACAAGAAGGCGGCGCUGGCUGAGCAACCUUGCAAGGCUGGAAUUGCAUCAGUCAAGUAUGCAGCAACUCUGAGCACAGCCAAGGCCGCUGGGAUCAAGGGCGCUGCAGAUAAGCUGAAGCCCAGAAGGCCAUACGUGGAGCCUACAGAUGCUGCGAAGAAGAGCAUUGAGUCACAAAUUUCUGAAAUGUUGGACUUCGAAGCCACGCUCAAGCUACCGGCUGAGAAGGGCAAGUCAAACGGCGUAACGAAUGGCGUAUCGAAUGGGAUUAUGAAUGGGACAUCGAACAGUGUGGCGGUACAUUAAAGUACCUAUGUACGGAUCAAAUAGCAUAUAUACUCUACAGUAACAUAUCGAUUUAAUAAAGUCGGCAACAUUCAAGUAA